AGGUGAGAAAUGCAGCCAUUGAUUCACUAUGUGAACUUGCUAGUCAGUCUCAGUCAUUUGCACAUCUCUCAUUGGACUUCCUAGUUGACAUGUUUAAUGACGAGAUAGAGAGUGUGCGUCUUAAUGCUAUCAACAGUCUAAGAAAAAUAAGUGGUACUAUAGUUCUAAGAGAAGAUCAGCUGGAAAUAGUUCUCAAUGUGUUAGAUGAUUCAUCACAGGAGAUUCGUGAAGCGGUACAUGAACUACUUUGUUGUGUUCAUUUGUCAACAAAACAAUGUCUUAGUUCAGCAUUACAAUUUCUUCUGAAGAACCUUGCUAAAUAUCCACAAGACAAAACAUCAAUAUGGAAAUCUUUAAAACACUUGGGACACUAUCAUCCAGACUUGACAUUAACAUUGGUUCCUGAUCUCUUAGGAACUCAUCCAUAUUUUGAUAUUCCAGAACCUGACAUGGAAGAUCCCGCAUAUAUAGCGGUGAUGAUUUUAAUAUUCAAUUCAGCAAUUAAAAGUCCCACAAUGGUGGCUUUAUUUCCACAGUAUGCUGUACGUCACUACUCUUAUCUCCGAGACAGUCUACCUGAUUUAGUUCCAUCAUUGAAG